AGCGAAUUUAAUUCCCAUACGAAGUCACUGCAAGAGCCAAUUUUUGCAUACUGGGCUCGAUAAAUAAUAGGAAAAAACAUUAAAUUGUUAUAGAAAUUUGGGAUUGGCGUAGGCUUUACCUGGAAAAAUGGCUUCGCUUAUAUUAUUGAGGAAUGUGCAAAUGGCAAAGCAACAAACCAAUGGCGCCUUGGGUGUAUUGUGCUUGCGUACCGCCAACUAUUCAUCCGACAGUCCACGUCCCCUGAAGACCACCAACUUGGGUGCCAUGAAACGCGGUACCGGUGGUCGCAGCAGUUUCAACGGUAUUGUUGCUACCGUUUUUGGUUGCACUGGCUUUUUGGGCCGCUAUGUUUGCAACAAGUUGGGUAAGUCUGGUACUCAAAUGAUUUUGCCCUACCGUGGCGAAGAUUCCGAAGCCAUUCGUUUGAAGGUGUGCGGCGAUUUGGGCCAGGUUUUAUUCCAAUUCUAUCAUUUGUGCGAUGAGGAAGCCAUUCGCAAGGCAGUCAAGUAUUCAAAUGUUGUCAUCAAUUUGGUGGGUCGUGAGUACGAGACAAAGAAUUUUAAAUUCAAUGAUGUUCAUGUGGAAGGUGCUCGUCGUAUUGCACGCAUCUGCCGCGAAGUGGGUGUUGAACGCUUGAUUCACGUUUCCGCAUUGAAUGCUGAUCCCCAUCCCAAGAGUCACAUCAUUGAUGGCGGUAGCAAUUUCUUGCGCAGCAAAUACUGGGGAGAACAAGCCGUACGCGAAGAAUUCCCUGAAGCCACCAUAAUCCGACCAUCGGACAUUUAUGGUUCUGAAGAUCGUUUCUUGCGUUACUAUGCCCAUAUCUGGCGUCGCCAAUUCCGUUCAAUGCCCUUGUGGUACAAGGGUGAACGUACCGUUAAACAACCCGUUUUCGUUUCCGACGUAGCACAAGGUAUUCUUAACUGUGCCAAGGAUCCCGAUACCGCUGGCAAGGUUUAUCAAGCUGUGGGUCCUAAACGUUACCAAUUGAGCGAAUUGGUGGAUUGGUUCCAUCGCCUUAUGCGUAAAGAUGAGAAAUGGUGGGGUUAUCAACGUUACGAUAUGCGUUUCGAUCCCACUUUCGUGCUAAAAACUAAAAUGACCGAAAUGAUCUGCCCCAACCAACCUGUGGGUGGUUUACAUUUGGAGCGCUUGGAAAUGGAGUGCGUUACCGAUAAGGUGCUCAACAAUGUGCCCACUUUGGAAGAUUUGGGUGUACAAUUGACCCCUAUGGAAAAUCAAGUGCCAUGGGAGUUGCGUCCUUAUCGCGCUGCUUUGUACUAUGAUGCCGAUUUGAAUGAAUUCGAAACACCAGCACCUCCACAAACAAUUGCACCACGUGAUGAACAACGUUUGUUCGCAUAAAAUAAUCAUCAACGCCACCAUUACUUAAGGUCUGCUGCCAGUGCCGGAGGAGAAGAUACCACACACCACUUUGAUAUGAAGAAGAAAAGUCGUUCGGUACGUUGGUGGUGGCCGGUUCGUCGUAUGAAGGAAAAACGUUUACGUUUACGUGAACUAUUAUUUAUCGUUUUGGUGGUGCGUUCGUUGUGGUAUGGUGUGUUUAGUGAAGAAUAUUUAAGUGAAAUUGAAAAUUUUAUAAACAAUAGCGAAGAUUGUCUGGAUAAAAAUCCAAAAAAUUUAAUUUAAAUCAUAAUACAAAUCUAAAUAAAUAUAUAACAAACAAAAAAACUGAGUGUAACACUCAAAACUCUAUAAGAA